AUGGAGACCAUCUACCAAUACUCCAUCUCUCAAGUUGAACAACAAAACCAAGUUUUGCCCACAACCCAUCUCCUCGCUUGCGACUGUUUCAUCUUCCACUUAGACUUCACCCAUCAACUCAAAUUGUGCUUCCCUCAGGAUUUGAACAUACCCUUGAACUCAAUUCAAGAAUCCUUCUUUGUACCCUUUGAUGUGUUUUUCUCACACACCCAAGAAACCAUCCAAACCGUACUCUCUGGCUCUGGUGUUUCAAUGGACUUUGUUCAUGUCCUGCUGCCUGAAGUUCAUUCUUUUGCUAUGGAGGUUGCCCAGGAGCCUGCAAAUGCUGGGCCCAGAAUAGUCCCAUUGGUUUUGGCUGUUCUUGCUGUGACACCUUUUGAUGACCGUGACCAAAUUGAGAGGGCUAUAAUGGAAUCUGGGCAAGUCUUUAAUCCAGUCCCGGCUGCCAAAUCCUCCAUUGCCGGGCUCAAGAAGGUCAAGAUUGACAAUUUGAGCGUGACGAAGGAAUGUAGCAUCUGUUUGGAAGAGUUCUCUGCUGGGUUGGAGGUUGUGCUCAUGCCCUGCUCUCAUCUUUACCAUAAAGAUUGCAUUGUUGAAUGGCUGAAAAGAAGUCACCUGUGCCCCUAUUGCCGCUUCAAAUUGCCAACUUGA